GCAUGUUUUUUGCUCAGCAAAGCCUCAGCUGCCUUGGCAUUAGGACACAGCUACUGAAGACAGUUUAUCCUGUAAGAUUCUUCAGAUUUUCGACCUCUGCAACAAUGGCCUUCAAGCACAAAAACGCAAAACGAAUCGAAGGGCUUGAUGUCAAUGUAUGGGUUGAAUUUACUAAGGUGGCUGCAGACCCCUCAAUUGUUAAUCUUGGUCAAGGCCUUCCAGAUAUAUCCCCUCCUAGCUAUGUUAAAGAAGAGCUAGCCAAGGCAGCAGCAGUUGAUAGGCUGAACCAGUACACACGUGGCUUUGGCCAUCCAUUGCUGGUGAAAGCCUUGUCCCAGGUAUAUGAGAAUGUUUGUGGAAGGAAGAUUGACCCUUACACAGACAUCUUGGUGACAGUGGGAGGAUAUGGAUCUCUGUUUAGUGCAAUACAGGGGUUAAUUGAAGAGGGAGAUGAAGUGAUAAUAAUAGAGCCAUUUUUUGACUGUUAUGAGCCCAUGGUGAAGAUGGCAGGAGGAAAACCUGUUUUUAUCCCAUUGAGAUAUAAAACUGUUGUUGGGAACUCUGCAUCUAGUGCUGAUUGGGUCUUAGAUCCCACUGAACUUGCAAGUAAAUUUAAUUCCAGAACAAAAGCUAUCAUACUGAAUACUCCUCACAACCCUAUAGGCAAGGUAUUUACCAAAGAAGAACUCCAGGUAAUAGCUGAUCUCUGUAUUAAACAUGACACCCUGUGCUUCAGUGAUGAGGUAUAUGAAUGGCUGGUGUACAAAGGAAAUAAACACAUUAAAAUAGCUACACUGCCAGGCAUGUGGGAGAGAACAAUAACUAUAGGAAGUGCUGGAAAGACGUAUAGUGUCACUGGCUGGAAGCUUGGAUGGUCCAUUGGUCCACAGCAUUUGAUAAAACAUUUGCAAGUUGUUCAGCAGAAUACGCUGUAUACAUGCCCAACUCCGUUACAGGAGGCGUUGGCACAAGCACUUUGGAUCGACUUUAAACGCAUGGAUGACCCAGACUGCUACUUUUACUCGCUGUCUCGAGAGUUGGAAGGCAAGCGUAAUCGGAUGGCUCAGCUACUCCAAGAAGUUGGAUUGAAACCUGUCAUUCCAGAUGGAGGAUACUUCAUGAUUGUUGAUGUUUCUGCACUCAAUGUGGAUCUGUCUGAUAUGGAGGCGAAUCAACAUUAUGAUUAUAAAUUUGUGAAAUGGAUGAUAAAAUCUAAGAAACUGUCAGCAAUUCCUCUUACAGCAUUCUGUGGCCCAGAGACCAAAAAGCAGUUUGAGAAAUAUAUACGUUUUUGCUUCAUCAAACAAGACAGCACACUGGAUGCAGCUGAGGUGAUCCUGAAGAACUGGAAUAAACCUACAUCUUGAUUUUUAUAUUUGUAUUAGUUAUUCCAUCUGGUAUAAUUAUUUUAUACAUAGGUAUUUCAUUAUACCAUUAAA